GACCAAACUUCCUGCCAGAUAGUGCUCCUAACAACACAGGAGCUGUGCGAAUUAAUAAGGAGCGUUGACAUAGAAAUCAUAUAAUUUACCAACAUGGGCCCUCUGAGAUACAGAGAGUGAGCGAGUGUGCCGAGAGUUGAUCCCGACAGGCAGAAGGACCUGGUCCUUUUUCCCCUCUUCGCCUACAGACAUGGACGAGUCACAGGACCUGGCUGAGCUACCGAAAAAGAAAGCUCGUCAUGAACCAGGCAUUGGUCAGGAGGGCCAACAGGCUGUAGUAACUAACGAGGACACAGACUCCGCAGAGAGAAAUGACUCAGCUGCUCUGGGGUCAGAGGUCAACACUCCUUACCCCCCUUCCUCUGUGCCUCAUCUCGACGCAGUUUCUGGGAGUAGUGAACAGUCAAGUCAAGACACAGGAACUGGAAACCAAACAUGUGAUACUGACAACUCCUAUACCAACAAUGCUGUGAUCUGCAAAGACCUUACUACAACUACAGGCACCGAAUAUACCUCACAGAUCUACCAAGGAAGCAACCCUGCAGUCACCGCCUAUGCUAGCCAAGGGGCCUUCUCCCUCACGCAGUCCUCUGUGUACAGCGCCUUUCCCCAGACCGGACAGACCUAUGGCCUUCCACCUUUUGGUGCCAUGUGGCCUGGCAUUAAAACAGAGACAGGGUUACCCGAGGCGCCCUCUGUUGGCCAACCUGGGUUUCUCAGCUUCAGCACCGCAUAUACCUCUACCCAGCCUGGCCAAGCACACUACUCCUAUCCCAGCCAAGGGUCCUGUUUCACUACAUCCAGUGUGUACACCAACAUCCCCACGGCUAAUGUCACCGCGACAACCACAGCUGCAGCACCUGGCAACACCCAGGAAUUCACGUCCUACAACUCCCUGAACCAGAUUCAGUUUCCCCAGUACUAUGUCCCUCCAACCAGCUACCUGCCCUCUGGGCUGCCCAGCACCGAUGGAGAUGUCUCAGGUGUGGUGGCCGCCGCCGCAUAUCCAGGUGCGAAGGACGAGAAUGCUGUGCCUGCUGGCCUUCCCAAUACCACAGAUCCAUCCCCAGGUGUGGCCCUCCCCACUGGUGCUCGGGAGCAGGAUGACGCCUCACGAAGGAAUCCGCCUGGCAAAUCCAAAGGAAAGGCCAAGAAGGCCGAAAACUCUCAGUCCAUAGACAACGACCUAGAGCGUAUCUUCCUCUGGGAUCUGGACGAGACCAUCAUCAUUUUCCACUCUCUGCUCACCGGCACAUUUGCGCAGAAGUUUGGCAAGGACCCAGCCACUGUGCUCAAUCUGGGUCUGCAGAUGGAGGAGCUGAUCUUCGAGCUGGCAGACACCCACCUGUUCUUCAACGACCUGGAGGAGUGCGAUCAGGUUCACGUCGAGGACGUCGCCUCUGACGACAAUGGCCAAGACCUGAGCAACUACAACUUUUCCACUGACGGCUUCACGGGUCCCAGUGGGGGAGGUGGGUCGGGCCCCACGGCCGCAGUUCAGGGAGGUGUGGAGUGGAUGCGCAAGCUGGCCUUCCGCUACCGCCGUCUCAAGGAGAUCUACAACGCCUACAAAGGCAACGCAGGAGGUCUGUUGAGCCCCAUGAAGAGGGAUCUGCUCCUGAGGCUGCGGACGGAGAUCGAGACGGUGACGGACUCCUGGCUCAGCAUCGCGCUCAAGUCCCUACUGCUCAUCCAGUCCAGGGGGAGAUGUAUGAACGUGCUGGUCACCACCACCCAGCUUGUUCCUGCGCUGGCUAAAGUGCUACUCUACGGGCUCGGAGAGGUGUUCCCCAUCGAGAACAUCUACAGUGCUACAAAAAUAGGGAAAGAGAGCUGCUUUGAGCGCAUAGUCUCCCGGUUCGGGAAGAAGGUGACGUAUGUGGUGAUCGGGGAUGGCCGCGAUGAGGAAUUUGCGGCGAAACAGCACAACAUGCCCUUCUGGCGUGUGUCAGCGCAUGGAGACCUGGUGUCCCUGCACCAGGCCCUGGAGCUGGACUUCCUGUAGAGGACGGCGGAGGAGGAAACAGACAUGGGCCAGAGAGACGGACACAGAAGCAUAGUAUUGUGAGAUGGUGGGGAGGUGUUCGCCUAUACAACUAUAUUCCCAGUCUCUCUCUCUCUCUCUCACACACACACACACACACACACACACACACACACACACACACACACACACACACACACACACACAUAUACAAGAUACCAACACGCACACACACAGUUAGUAUGUACAAAAUGACUGCUGCCACUAUGGAUUUGAAAGGACCUUGGUGUGCUUGGUGAUGUCAUUGGGAACCAAACUGGAGCACUGGACGACUGGAUCAACUGCCAUUGGACGCCUCUUGCUCCUCAUUCUCCCUCUAUGGCAGCUAUCCUCCUCCUCCUCCUUCUUCUCCUCCUCUGGAAGGAGCUGCCUCCUGGGAUUCCCCCAGUCAAGGGAAGGCAGCACACAUGGUGAAAGGAACAGGACAUCUUCUGUUUCACUUUUAAUCUUCUCUUUUCCACCUCUGAUCAUACCCAGUGGAGUCUACACACACACACACACACACACACACACACACACACACACACACACACACACUCACUCGAGUGCCGCCGGGGAUUGUUGGUCUAGCUGUCGCAUUCUCACCAAAGGAAUGACCAAAGGUCUGCACUGGCAUGGACUGGGGUUUUUUUUUUUUUUUUAAUGUUUUUUUUUUUUUUUUUUUCAAGUCUAUUUUUCUGUAGUACCGUAGUUGCAGUCACUCAUGUCAUGACUACAUUUUCUGGCAGUCUUUUUUAUUUUACCAUUCAUUCCAGAGCUUGAAAAAAAAAAAAAAAAUUCUCAUUCAACAUGUAACUUACUGAAGCUGUGCAAGGAGUGGUUUUGAAAUGGACACUGCCUGUACAGGUUUUGUUUCCUUGGGACAAACAGGGUUCCCUUUUGUACCAAAAGUCUCCUUAAACCCCAGUCAGCAAAUCCUCCUUCCUCCAUUGCGCUGAAGCCAUUUUUGGUGUGGUGUUGGCCUUGCAUUCCCUCCCUGUUCAGUAAGAAUGCUUUUUAAUAAGACAAGCAGCAGGGGAGCUGGUCUGUUUUUAUUGGGACAUGGCAAGCCCAAGCCCAGCUGAUUUAUUUGAAAAGGGCUUGACUGAGAGGAGUCAACUGAACAAUGAACAGGUUUCACCUGCUGUUUGUGUAACCGGUCCAAAAUGGUGAAAAGGAAACUGUGACCUUUUUCUCCUUUCUCUUUAAAUCGCUUUAUAGUAGCAGUGACAACCCCCCACCUCCCUAGCCGCUAAACCCAAAUGUAGGAGUUGUUGUGAGAAUGCACAAGGGUCAUUGACUGACAUCAAUAGAUGUUCCCUGAAUGCCUCAACCUGUUACAACACAGUCAUACACACCACAUAGAAAUGUUAAGCAAGUGGAGGGAGUCAGGAAAAACAAAAAAAAGCUCAUCAUGAUGUGUUGUUUUUGUGUCUCAUGUUACAUGUUUGGGAGAAGAAAAUGGGAGAAAAACUAAUCAGAUAGUGCAAUAUGUUUCUGGUCAGUGGUAGUGUUUAUUUUUCUGUUUCAAGUGACGUUGUUGUUGUUUUUUUUUUGGAGUGUUUGUGAGCUGAGGCUGACGAUGGGGGAGAUUCGGUAGAUGUGAAAGACUUCGUCAGCGAGAGAUUAUGACUGAACAAUUCUGAGCCUGAAGUCAAUGGAGCAUUGUUUUUGUUUUGUUUUUUUACUUACAUGCAGCUUGACAAUUAAGAAUGUGUACUCUCUG